GACAUAUACAACGCAUUAAUCUUAACCAACAGUUUUCAGCGUGACCCAUUUGAAGUUUUAUAUCAAAUAAGUGAAACAGCUCAAUCUACAAAUACUCAAACAACCACUUCUUUAUCUAAUACACCAUCUGUUUCAACUCGUUCUAAUACACCUGACCUACUGGAUAGAGAAGAUUUCAACCUCGACUUAUUAUUUCAAAUUCAAGUAAACAUGACCAAUCAACGGAACAUUCAAAAUCUUACCGCAGCAGUUUAA